CAUGAACGUUCGUGAAGGUGCCAUCGGUGUUCGCGAUCUCCGGAUCUCCGUUCGACACAAGAGAGCCAACUGAGCUGUAGGACUAUGGGCGUGCUAGAUAGACUCCAGAUUUGGCGCAGAAAUGCAGAGGAUACUCGAGAAAUUUUAGCGCAGUUCACCAGGUGGCGCCGCCGCCGCAUUCGGUUCAGUUCAAGCGUUGCGCGUUUGUAUCUGCCUCAGCUGGAGGUUGCUGCUAUUGCCGUGCGCUUGUGAUAUUUUAGUGGUCUACCUUGGACUGAAAGCAACAUGUAGGUUAUUCGAUCGCAAUUAUGCGUGUGCAACACUUUAAUUAUGAUAUGUAGUGAAUAACGAGAGACCCGCAUCAGUCAUGGCAUCGGUUAAAGUAGCUGUACGUGCCAGGCCCUUUAACCAAAGGGAACUGGAGAUGCAAAGCGCGGAGAUUAUUAAGAUGCAGGGUAACAAAACAACCAUCACAAACUUGAAGUUCCAGAGCCUAAUAUCAUCACCAGAUAUUGUUGUGCAGCCUGGAGCAAACGAUGAGCUAGGUAGAGAAAGGGUAAAGGAAUUCACUUUUGAUUAUUCCUACUGGUCGGUUGACAACAAGGACCCUCACUUCGUGGACCAAGAGCAGGUCUUCAAAGACUUGGGCCAAGAAGUCGUAGAUAAUGCAUUUCAAGGAUACAAUGCUUGCAUAUUUGCAUAUGGACAGACAGGAUCUGGAAAAACUUUCACAAUGAUGGGAUCCCAUGACAACGAAGGGCUCAUACCAAGAAUUUGUCAAGAACUUUAUGCAAGAAUGAAAUCAAAUCAAAACUCUGGCACUACAUUUCGAACUGAAGUGAGUUACUUGGAAAUCUACAAUGAAAAAGUCAAAGAUUUGCUCAAGCGAGAAGCCACUAUGCAUAACUUAAGAGUCAGAGAGCAUCCAAAGUUGGGGCCUUAUGUGCAAGAUUUGUCAAGACACCUUGUCAUGGACUACGCUGAUGUACAGGAGCUCAUGACAAGAGGAAAUUCACACAGGACAACAGCAUCUACAGCAAUGAAUGAUGUCAGUAGCCGGUCACAUGCAAUUUUUACGCUCAACUUUACCCAGGCUACCCUCAAUAGAGACAUGCCCAGUGAGACUGUCAGUAAAGUAAACCUUGUGGACCUUGCUGGAAGUGAAAGAGCCGACUCCACAAAAGCCACAGGGCAGAGGUUAAAGGAAGGUGGACACAUCAACAAGUCGUUAGUCACACUGGGAAGUGUUAUAUCCGCUUUGGCUGAACUAUCAACAAGCCACACGAAAAAGACUGUCUUCAUCCCAUACAGGGAUUCAGUUCUAACAUGGCUGCUCAAGGAUAGCUUAGGCGGCAACUCCAAGACUAUUAUGAUCGCAACCAUUUCACCAGCAGAGUGCAACUAUGGGGAGACACUUAGCACACUGCGUUACGCUAAUCGUGCUAAGAACAUCAUUAACAAGCCGACCAUUAAUGAGGACCCCAAUGUCAAGCUCAUCAAGGAGCUGCGGGAAGAAAUUGCAAGACUUAGGUACAAGAUUGGCAUUGAUGAUGGAAGUACAUCCGUCAUUGAAAAGCUUCAAGAAAAUGAAGCCAGGGUAAAAUUUCUUACGGAUGAGUGGGCAGAAAAGUGGAAGGAAACCCAAAAGAUUCUCAAGGAACAGAAAACACUGGGCUUGCGGAUGUCUGGGCAAGGUGUCGUCUUGGACUCUGCAAGACCCCACUUGAUUGGUCUUGGUGAUGGCUUGCUCAGCACUGGUGUUGUACUGUAUCAUUUAAAGGAUGGCAAGACCUUAAUAGGCACAGAUAAGGGGCAUGUCAAGCAAGAUAUUGUCCUGAGCGGAGCAGGUAUACAGGAUGAGCAUUGUGUGAUUGAGCUUGUUGAUGGCUGUGCAACAUUAGUACCCAAACCUGACUCUGAAUGCUACGUGGAUACACAACUAGUUGAAAAGUCUACAAGGCUUACUCAAGGAUGUGUCGUGUUACUUGGUUCCACGAAUGUCUUUCGAUACAACGAUCCAGCUGAGGUUGAUAAAUUAAAGAAGGAGAAAGAACGAAAGACAAAUUUCAAUAUUUCGCACCUAUCCUUUCUGAGUAGAUCUGUGUCUGACAUCGUUAAAUCAUCUGACAGUCUUGGCACAAAUGGAUUCAGCACUGACUGCAUUCCAGAAGAUGUAGCAGAGAAGCUAGAAGAACGAAGGAGGGAACUGGAAGAACUGGAAAGGAAGCACAAAGAAGCUGACCUACAGAGAGAGAAAGAACAAGAAGCUGUUGAGAAAGAGCUGGCCGAGAAACGAGAGCAAUUGAAGCAGCUCCAGAACGAAACGGAAAUGCUGAAGAAAAUGGCCAAUGAGGCUCACAAACGUGCUGAGGAAGAGCAGAUGAAGUUGCAGAAGAUCACAGACGAACUCGAGAAACACUUGCAAGAACAAGCAAACCAUGAAAAGGAUUCAGCAGCACGGAUAAUGGAAAUGAAGCAGGAAUUAACUUAUUUAACCAACAAGGAGAAAGAAGUGAGAGAAAACACAGAACGGUUAAAAUAUCGACUUGAGCAGGAAAAGGUGUAUGUUCUCAGCAAACUUGAAUCGGAACAGUCGAGGCUCUACGAUGAAAUAAAAAGCCUCGAGAUGCAGAAAUCGGACCUCAGUGAUAAGAUUGCGUCGCACACGGCGGAACUUUCUAGGAUUGAGGAGGACCUCAACAAGCGGAAGGACGGCUGGUCUAGUCAGAGAAAACUUCUUGAAGAAGAAGUUGAACUACUGAAAGAUGAACUUGCCAUUUCGUUAGGACAGGCGUCAGAAAAUUGGCGUUCACUCCUCUCGCUCGUGCCCAGCGUCCAGCUGGACAUACCGCUGCCCAAGUGCACGUCAGAGUUGAAUCAAGCCAUCGAGGAUAUCCGUCAGCAACUCACCGAUGCUAAACUGGGACAGCUUGCUACGCUGCAGAAUGAACGACAGAACAUACUAGGACAGAUUGCUGCGCUCGAGGAAAAACGAAACAUCUUGAAAAACAUUGAGAACAGCAGCGACGACGAAAAUCGUGAAGAAGUAGUGGCUCGGCUUCGAUUUCUAGAACAGGAACUGAGCAAAUUGAGGGAUGAAGAAGCAGAGAUGAGUGGCAAAGAGGAUGAGGCCGAGGAAGGUUGGAAACACAACUUGGACUCGCUGGAUUCAUUGCUGCCCCUAGUGGACUCCAUGGUGGGGGACCUCGACCAGCUAGAAGGCUGCAUUAAAGAUAAGGAGCAAGAGAUUGCUGACAUUGAUCACGUGGUGCUGCAAAACACCUCUGGAAUGACUAAGAUGGUCAACGAAGGAAAAAACCUUGAGGAGCAACUGCAACGCGUCCAGCAACGCGAAGAGGAUGCCGUCGAACGCCAAGCUAGUCUCAAAGCAUCCCUCAACGUGGUAGAUGAGAAGAUUGUUCUCUUGGCAAAGCAAGAGGAAGACAUUUUGGGUGUCCUGCACGAAAAAAAGGGACGGCUUCAGACUGAGAUCAGCAGAAUAGAUAGUGGUAAAGAUAGCAUGUCGAGCUCUCCAAACAUGGAUGGUGACAUGUCCUUCUCACAAAGCGAGACAUUCUUGUGCAAUGAAGAUCUAGGAGUAAUGACAUCAUCACCAAUCAGGUCAUCUCUCGGAAACCAUGAGGAAUUUCGCCAAAGGUUGAAGGAGUUGGUUAACCUAGAAGAACAGUACAGUGCUCUAGAAAAAGAGCUGGAGAGCCGAAGGAGAACAGUUGACAGUGAACGGGAACAAGAGCAAGGAAUGAUUGAAUUACAGCGUGUACACUUGCAAGAACUGGAAGAGCAAGAAAGGGUAAUGGCCCUGAUCCAGGAAAGAGCCCAAAGGAUAAGGGAAAACAACAUGAUGCGUUCUAUGACGUACCUCAAGAGUCCUUAUAAUUGUGGGCAUCGAUCAGGGUCCUCACGGUCUCUUCCAAUUUUACCAACUUACCCUCAUUUUGGUGUUGAAAUGGGAACUGCGGAAAGCCCAAUAAGGAUUUCAAUCCCAUCCUACACAUUGAGAGGCACUGGGAGCAGUGCACACAUCGAAUAUGAGGUGAAGAUAGCUGUGAUGGAAGACUGCUGGACAUUGUUCCGACGAUACAAACGCUUCAGAGAACUGCACCAGUACAUGAAACACAAGUACGGGAAGAAGCUCACACUGCCGUACUUCCCGCCAAGGAAGUUAUUUGGCAGCACAUCGGAAAGGCUAACAGAAGAACGUCGAAAAUUGCUAGAGGUGUACCUAAUAGAACUGGUCAAUGCCUGCAGAAGAGAUUUGUCCUGUCCCCUGCAUCGGUCUGUUACCGGACUCUGCAAGCAGCACAUGUGGGAGUUUGCUCCGUUUUUUCGCAAGGGGUGCUUUGAAAUGAGUAAGCAUAGCACAGGGUGACUAUACUCAUCGCGCUCUGCUCAUCAAUAUUUAUAUACUGUUGCAUAUCAAGUUGUCGUUUGAAGCACAAUAUUUAAGCAUUCUUUAUGGUUAUCUUAGUGAGAGUUGGCAUAACAAUAUGCAGCCCUAACGGGUCAGAAUUACUGAGCGCCUCAAACGGGCAUUUCUAGGCUUCCUUAGUCGAAGAUAGCUGUGUUAAAAUGUUUACACAAUGGGAGAUUUUUGUUGCACGCACAAGCAUUACCUUCUAAGCACUCCGGAGUGUCUUUUACCGACCUGAAGCCAAGAAAGUAGGCAUUUCGUCAGACAGAGGAGAUGCAAGAAACUGAAUACAUGAAUGGCCAAAUUGUUCUAGCCUCGACUCUCCUGUCAGAUAUUGUUGUAUGUAUGUACAUAGGGUUUUUAUUAGGGUGCAUUUAUGAGACUUAUAUAAAGAUGUGCCUUACUAGGAGGAGUCAUAUACAGAACUUCCGUUAUUGUUUUAUUGAAUGACCAUGUACACCAACGAGUGGUGGCCCAGUAUAGUGCAGAGCUUGAAAGCUUGACACCUUUCCACUAAGUGUUGGCUGGCAGCUGGGAAGGAGUUGUACUAAGCUCAGGCUUCAUGUGCAAACUGUGUUUGCUUACAAUAUGGAAUAAUAUCCUGCAAAUUCGUGACAGUGGCAUCAGGUGAGCCUAUCUGCUGUCAUUCAUGUUGUCACGUGAUGACAGGACUUUUCAAAAUACUCCUGCCUGUUCUGCGUGUAAGGCACGUAACAAAAUAUAAAGUAUAAGUGAAUUGUCGGGCUUCAGAAAAAAUGCGCAGAACACACAGAAAAGAUGCACAAGUAGUUGCUUUUGCAGUUCCUUGUUAAAGAUGGCAAAAUCAAAAGAGGCGAGAAUAAAGCGUUAAUAGUACAUUAGAGGUGGAAUGAACUCCACAUUUUGACUCCUUUGUUCAUUCUUUAACUCUCAGAGGGCACAGUUUUUUCAGGGUUCUUAUUUGAGAAAAUCAAACACCUGGAGUUCCUUUUGUUAUAUCACUUAUGCCUAUGGAAUUCACUAUUUCGAAGUGGCAAAACUCCAUGCUGGAAACAUGAGUAAAUGUAAUCACUGAGUCCAAACCUUUGGAGCGAGAAAUUUGCUCUAACGAGUCAAAAUGCAGAGUUUAUUUCAAACUUUGACUUGCAAACUGAUGAUCGCAUGUGAACCUUCUGCUGUCACAUGGUAUUGUUGCUUCUUUGAACGGCUUUAUAAGCCAUAACGUAUAGAGAAAAAAAAUAUUUUACACGCAUGUGCAACUCAUGAACUUUUAGUUGCUGUGUUAGGUAAUACAUUGCAUAGCGCAUACACGAAUAGUUAUGUAUUACAUAUACUCAUGCAUGGAAUUCUUAAAGAUUAGCAUGUCAGAGUCAUUGUCUGUUUUCUGAGACAUGCCCCUUGCAAAGUGACGAUUUCAGGUGAAUUUUAUACUACGUAGAAAAUGUGUACAUUAGAAACUGUUUACCUGGGUUGGACCACUGGGUUUACCUAGAAGCACAGAAGUUUCGGUAUGUUGCUAAGCAAUAUGGCAGCAUGAUGGAAAAUUCCCUGGAGGCAUUAGGUGGUGCUUCUACAGUCAUAAGAUCUGAGUUGUUUACGUAGGGUUUUAGUGAAGUAGUGUGUGCAGUAUAUUCAGUAGAUAUUCAUUAUAUUUGCUGUUGCAUAUAGGCAUUUAUUUUUAUACUGGAGCCAUUGUAGCAAUAAAGUAUGAAGUUGAAUGUUAGA